GCCAUGAAAAACAAAAAUGGCGGGAGAAGUCGUAGUAAUUUGCUCGAAAAAGCCGUCUUAGUGGGCAUUUUUACAGUACAAGAGGUUAAAUAAUGGCACUACUUCCAAAAGAAAAUGGAGCCAGAAGCGAUUCAAAAAAGUGGUGUAAUCAAGGAAUCUCGCGAUGUACGUAGAGACGCAUCUUUUGGACCAGGUGUCUACUUUACCGAUCAUCCACCAUCGACACCCAGCAAUAAACUUCUGGUAAAUAACUAUGACAGAGCUGCAAAAGAAACAGAUGCAAGAAAUGUGUCACAUGUUGUGGAAGUUAAGGUUCCUCCGAACAAGGUGCAAAAUUUUGAAAGUCAAUCCAGUUCACGUCAAGUGUACAAGCAUGAGGGAAACCUUCACUUGAAAGAUUACAACGCAAAAGUCUAUAAGAGAUAAAACCGCCUCAGGCUGAGACCAAAUGCCAAGCUCUAGUUUUAAGAGAGUCAUAUUGUGUUUGUUUCACAGCUAUUGUAGAUGACUAGAUAUCACAGUUAUUAUUUUGAUAGGUAAAGUUUCUGACUCAGGUCCCAGUACGCUGCUGAGAUUGCUUUAGGAGGAGAGAAAAUCACUACCCUGUAUGUAGACAAUGAAGUGUGGGUUGUUAGUCCUUCGUCAUUAUUUACGCUGAGCCCUACUUCGUACGGCGUAUUUACAUGAGUUCAA